UUGAGCCCAUCUCUAGUAAAAGCAGACUAGGGAUGGGCUCAGUGUAAUGUCAUUGUCCACAAUCUUCCUUCCCCAGAGAUCCCAUCGCUGCCCGCACUGAGCACAAGGGACAUGCAGCCAACUCCGAGGUGGAAGGCACCGGAUAAACUUCAGAUCCCAGAAUCCUCCAGUGCCCAACACCUGCAGUGGCGUCUCCAGCGGGGGGCCCUGGGCAGAGAGAGGGAGCGAUGAGGAUGGAAGGCGGGGAGGAAGCGCAGGCUGCAGAGCGGGUGUCGUACACCUGGGAGAGCCCCCCGCCGCAGCCCGCGGACGGCAGCCGGGCUAAGUGGGUGCGGCUCAAUGUCGGGGGCACGGUUUUCCUCACCACCAGGCAGACCCUGUGCCGGGAGCAGAAAUCUUUCCUCUGCCGCUUGUGCCAGGGGGAGGAGCUGCAGGCAGAAGGGGAUGAGACUGGUGCGUACCUUAUAGACCGGGACCCCACCUAUUUUGGACCCAUCCUGAAUUUUCUCCGUCAUGGCAAGCUGGUACUGAACAAAGACAUGGCUGAAGAAGGGGUUCUAGAAGAAGCGGAGUUCUAUAACAUUGGCCCUUUAAUCAGAAUAAUCAAGGACAGGUUGGAGGAGAAGAAUUACACAGUAACACAGGUGCCUCCAAAGCAUGUGUACCGGGUGCUGCAGUGCCAGGAAGAAGAGCUCACUCAGAUGGUUUCCACUAUGUCUGAUGGAUGGCGCUUUGAGCAGCUGGUGAAUAUUGGGUCGUCCUAUAACUAUGGGAAUGAGGACCAGACAGAGUUCCUGUGUGUAGUCUCCAAAGAACUGUACAACUCCCCUAAUGGCUUGAGUUCUGAGCCUAGCCGCAAAGCCAAGAUGUUACAAGCCAGAGGCCUCCGGAUGUGAUACCGACAAUCAACUCCAGACUUUUUAUUUCCAUUUAAAAUCUUUAUUUUUGUAUUGUAGUUUAUGGCAGCCCUCUGUGGGACAGGGUCCCAGCGACUUCACCCCUCACCCUCUACUUGUUGCCUUUGUUUUUAAAGCUGUAUUUUGGAAUAUUGUUUCUGAAGUUGAUGCCCACAUCCCCCUUGAGCAAGCCAGAUACCCAUGCCUGUGUGUCUGACUCACUGCAGAGGAUGUAAUUGGAGCCCUGCAGUUUCCCCAUGCCCACAAUAUUCCCCUUCUUAGGGUCUCCAUCUGUGCUUAAGUAAUGCCAGGGCUGCGCCCCGGCACCUCUGGGCUUGCUGCAUUAGUUAUGAAAGGAAAUCAUUGUUUGAGCCGGGCACCUCUUUCGUUACCAAUAAACACUGGUCACAGUGACCCCUGCUGGAGAGGACAGAGCUCUGCAGCUACAUGCUUCCUACCUCCACUUGCUGACUAGAUUCAGGCCUGUGAAUGUGAUUUACUGCCACAGCCACUGUUGGGGAGGCUAGUAGAGCUUUGCUUGUUACCAGGGGGCAAAUGCAGAUCCCUGCUCCUUUCCUCUGUGCUUCUUACAAGGAGGAAAGGGGACAGGAUUGAUCCUUUGUUGGGCAAUCUGCACACAGAGGCCUUGCAGGGAGAGGUUUCAUUUCAAAGGGAGUGAAAAAGGCAGGUGUGCAGCAUGGCACACCUGUGAGAACUACACUAUCUUCUGAUGUAGCUUCUGACUGUUCUAGCAAGGAGAUGCCUGCCUGUGCUUGUGGGCAUGAGGUGUGGGCUUUUCCGCUGUGUCUGAGAGUGCUGUGUCACAAUUCCUGAAUAAAUUUCAC